AAGUCUAUCGUGGACCGGUAAUCUACCCUCUUUGUUCUGUUUCCCUAAUGUACAUUCGAGGUAACAAGCAAGAUCUAUCCUCUCCACUGCAAGCGUUAUUCCAUUUGAAAUCUAGAUCAAAAUUAUUUGUGGGCCAAUGACGCGACAUCCCGAUGUUUGGGCUUUGUCAACUGGGUGGAGUUGCAGGAAUGCAAGCUAACGAUCCAGAGCUAGCAGUGACACUGCUAACGUCGACGGAGGUACAUGGAGUGAACUAACUCCGGGAAAUUCGGACAAGUUUGCUGAACAAUCACGUCGGCUAUAUGACAUUAAAACGUCAAAUCAAGCAACAUAUGGAAACCAGAGGUGUAACUAAUAAAUGCUGUAUGGUGUAGACCAAAGUAAUGCAACAACAGAAGCCCGCUGAUAUUUUUGUAUUACCUGGACUGACAGUCUACGUGUGCUUUUCCAAUAAGCUUACUAACAAGUAAGGCAAGAGAAGCUAAUAAGUUUUCAGUAUUAAAAGAGAAACUAUGACCGCUGUGGUCGGAAGAGCAUGGGGGUGGGUUCGCUCCUGGGGCAGCAGCAGUAGUGCUGUGUCUGACAAAACCACAAUGAAGGAAGUUGAAAACAAUAGGGCGAGUGGCACCACCGAAUGUACUGUCAGUUUAAAAACUUGGACCUCUUGGUUUUGGGGAGGAUGGAAUCGACAAAAAGAACAAAUUAGUCCUGUAGAGGACGAGUAUUGGGAGGCUCCAGAGAAACUUCAGCCUGUGGAAAUUGAAGAACUCUGGGCAGGGAAAAAAGAGCCAACUGUUCAACAUGUUCCAAAAUGGUGGAAUAAAUACCUUCCGACGUCGUACCUUCCUUGGACAGAGAAAACACUACCAAGUGGACUCAGGAAAAGAAAAUGCCACAUCAGCAAAACCGAUCGGGAUAUUGAUGGGGACUUUUCAGACUACAAAACACCUCCUCCAUCCCCAACACCACUUUCCCGGCUGACUUCACCUUUCAGACUCUUUGUGCACAACCAACAUGUGGAAUUGUACCCAGAGCACUAUGAAAUUUGCUUUAACUUCCUCCGCCACCUGUUUGACCUGUUUGUGGUGGGAUUCCUGUGGAUUGUGUCACCUCCUGUCAAGCUGAUCUUGGAGAUUGUGGGCAUCCAGGGACCACUGAAGCUUUGGCUACAUGGCAUGGCAAUGUUUUUUGUGUCCACUGUGGGAAUGGCUGGACUACUUUGGCUGAUCCAGGAGCAUCUCCCUGAGUUUGCGUUGAUUUACGGCAUUGUGCAAGCCUUAGUGAUCUCUGUCAGCUUAAAAAAGAGUGUGCUCUUUGGAAUGGAAGAAGAACAAACCGUGGUGGAGGUGGAGAACAGAGAAACUGAAUUGACAGAUGAAGACAAAAAAGAAAAGCUCAUCUGAUCAAAAGACAAGACAAAGACAACUUAAAGCUUCUGUAUCCCAAUUCCUGCCGCUAAAACUUACCCACAGCAUGAUGCUGCCACCACCAUGCUUCACUGUCGGGAUGGUAUUGGCCCUGUGAUGAGCGGUGCCUGGUUUCCUCCUAACAUGAUGCCUGGCAUUCACACCAUAGAGUUUAAUCUUUGUCUCAUAAGACCAAAUAAAUUUGUUUCUCAUGGUCUGAGAGUCUUUCACUUGCAUUUUGGCAACAUUUUACGAAGAAAUGGCUUUCCUCUGGACACUAUACCAUACAGGCCUGAUUGGUAGUUUGCUGCGGAGAUCAGAAUCAGAAUCAGAAUCAGAAUAGUUUUAUUGCCAUUGUUUGAGAACGGGUUCACAAACUAGGAAUUUUUCUUGGUGCAAACGUGCGACAUAAAACACAUAUAACACAUAUUUGGUAAUAAAAAGAGCUGUAACUGAGCUAUCAGAUAGACUUAGAAGGAAUUCAAGGAGCUACUGUUAGGAGUUAUUGUUCAUUUGCCUGAUGGCCGAGGGGAAAAAACUGUUCAGGUGGCGGGAGGUGUGGGUCUGGAUGGAGCGUAGUCUCCUGCCUGAGGGGAGAGGGGAGAAUAGUGUGUGUCCAGGGUGAGAAGAGUCAGCUGUGAUCCGACCCACACGCCUCCUGGUCCUGGAGGAGAACAAGUCCUGGAGGGAUGGGAGCUUGCAGCCAAUCACCUUCUCAGCAGCACGUACGAUGCGCUGCAGUCUAUUCUUAUCCUGGACUGUGGCGCCGGGGAACCACACUGUGAUGGAGGAGGUCAGGAUGGACUCUAUGAUGGCUGAGUAAAACUGCACCAGCAUCUCGGUCGGCACCUUAAGAUGCCGACCGAGAUGGUUGUCCUUCUGGAAGUUUCUCCUUAAAGGUUCACUUAAACCUAUGUAGAUGAUGUUAAAACCUAAUGAGGCCUGCUUGUGGCUUGAAUGUAAGACUUUAAUUUCAAUUACCCCUAACAGACAGACAGGAGCUUAGAACAGCUUUGAUAUUUAGGUUGGGUUACCAUAGAAAAUGCACUGAAUUUUUUUACAUGGUGUAAAAUCAACUGUAAUUACUGACACUGAAGAUUUCCUCCAAACAUGACGCCUGGCAUUCACACCAAAGAGUUUAAUCUUUGUCUCAUAAGACCAAAGACAUUUGUUCCUCAUGGUCAGAGAGUCUUUCGCACUAUACAGG